AUGCUCAACCACUGUCAAUCUCUUCAUAUGCUUUUUAUAACCAAAACAUGGCUCUUAUCCCCAGCCCGUCUUCCAACCUCAUGGUCUCAAUUUCAUCUGUAUGGAUCUCCUGUUUCUGGCAACUACCGUGGAUCAAUGGGGGUGUCAUUGUUAGUCUCUCCUUCAUGUUCUUAUGCCAUCACUCAAAUACCUAUGCCCAACAACUAUGCUCUUGCUGUCAAGAUUGGUACCCUUCGACUUAUAUGCCUUUACUUACCACCCUCUAUGCCUACUCAUGAAGCUCUUGAUAUUCUUUCAGCCAUUCCUUUAACUGAUGAUACUAUUAUAUAUGGAGAUUUUAAUGCACGACUUGGUUCAGUAACUGGUGACUAUGCAUCUAACCCUCAUGGUGUAGCUUUAGAGCAAUGGCUUGAAGAACAAUCUUUAACUGUCCUCAAUAGAGUUCUCUCACCAUGCACACCCACAUACAUUUCCUUUUGUAACGGCAUUGAAAUCAGCAGCAUCAUUGACCUUUUCAUCACCAACACCAACUUUGCCAACCCUUCUCUACACAUUGCAACCAAAUUGUCUCUGGGCUCUGAUCACCAACUUCUCUCCCUUUCCUUUAAUUAUGAUCUGCAACACUCACCACCAGCACCUCCUCCUAUGUGCCAAACUUGGAAUCUCUUACGGCUUUAUGAAGAUGAUGUUAGAUCACUUUAUGUUAUCACCAUUGUCACCAAAUCCGCCUCCCUCUUCACCACACUGCAAGACCUUGUUCAGAAUCCGCCAACUAUAUGUCACCCCAUUGAUGCUCUUACUAACUCUUUUAAUACACUCAUUUAUAACUCUCUUACUGACCAUAGGGAUGGUUGUUACAAGCAAUGGCAUCAAGCUUGUGGCAUUGACAAAAUCAAUUGGUGGAGCCGGCACCAACAUGCACACAAGGAGUUCCAACAGCAAGUUCAGUCUGCAAAGCAUUUAUCUUGGCAUGCUUUCUGUCAUUCUAUGGAAUCUGAUUUCAGUAAGGCAACGUCCAAGAUUAAGUAG